GGGUGUGCAGGGAUAAGUGUUGCAAUCAGUCAACUGAUUGUUGUGGUGACUACAAUGUGUGAUUGUUGUGAGAACCCUAUUGUACAAAGGAACGACCGUUACAUCUCGAAAAGUUUCAGAUACAUCCACUGUUCAUCACAUGCCAAAUACACCGACCGGUCAGAACACAUCACCAUGGAUACAAUAAACACUUGAACCGAUUAGAGCAGACCAGCAUAGACACCAUGAGCACUCCCGUCGACAUGAACACGAGACCUCUCUCAGCUGAAAGCAAGGAGUCUGAGAUUGAUAUUGAGUUUCAAAUCGACAUUGGGGAGGACCCACUGCCGUCGGCAGCACAGGACCACGUCACAGACGAAGGUCUGCUUGAAGAGGAAUCUUUCAUGACCUUGACCCAAGAGGAACAAUCAGCAUGGGAUGAAAUGAUCCAGACACUGAAACAUGAACUCGAACAACGCGGUAAAGACUUUUCCCAGUGGUCUGACAAAAUAACGCGGAGAAGAAUGUAUGCUUACGCGAGAAUGAAAAAGCUGGAGAAGUAUCACCAGGCGAGAGAAGGGUUUUACAGAAACAUUGACGGUUUUAUUGAAACAUUCCACGGAGAUGUACUGAGAAGUAGUGACGGGAUGGAGAGUGCAGUGGUGACAAGAGAUGCUCAGAUUCAGUCAGGUGGUGGAGGUGACAGAGACAAUGGAGUGAAGGACGGAGUGGACACCGUCCUCACGAAGGAACUCUCCACGCCAGUUAUAAAACAAGAGCCACCAGUAUCUGUCACAUAAUAUGUGACAAUGUAGACUUCAGCGCUGUCUAACCAGGACGUGCGUGUGUGAUGUACAGCCACAUAACUCGUCACCACCACCGUGUGGUCAGUGACCUGUCGAGGAAUUCAUUUUGAUUAAAUCCUUUGUAUAAUUAAA